AUGCAAAGAAUGCGGAUGCUACGAGUGACUCUUUCAUUAUUGUGUGUAGUUCAAUGUUUAGGUGAUAUGACAAAUAUGAAUAUUUGGCUACCAACAAAUAUUCUAAAUUCUCUUCCAAAUAUUUCUACUCCAUCGCAAAUGACAUUUUUUCGCGGUUCCAUGCAAAACAUAUCGGAGUGUCUUACUAUGAAAGUGAAUUCAACUGCAUGUACUGUAAUUUGUGGAAAGUUCCAAACUUGUCAGGUAGCAUUUUGGAUACCAAACAAUACAUGCUAUCUUUGCGAGUAUGGGUCUGUGUCUUUGGUGUCUCGAAUCAGAACAAGUAAAAACUAUGUGGCUUUGAAGAGAUCCUCACCAAACCCAUUUAUAAGAGAGCCACUUGGUACGUGCCCAACUCCAAAUUUGAGACUGAAAACUUGCGCAAAAGGUUGGAAGUUUGCCUUGCGUUACAAUGCGUCAUAUUGUCUGAAGAUAAUUUACGAUGAACUUGCUACGGGUGCGCUUCAGGACUUUAUUCAAGCAAAAGCAGAACAACUCUGCAUAAAUAUAAAUUCAACACUGAGUGGACUAGAGUCUGAAGCAGAAAGGAUAUAUGUUGUUGUAAUUGAAGAUCAAGCUGUUGCAAUCAGAAAUGAAAGAUCAAUAGAUUCUAGAUGGGGUGUGUGGAUUGAUGGUAAACAUCAAUCAAGUUGCCCUACAACUGCUACAGGUUGUGAUUUGACAAAGAACUUUUCGUUUCGCGAUACUACCCUACACUUCAAAGCUGGAUACAAAUGGGCCACUGGAGAACCAAAUGGAGCGGGAAGAAAAUUUUGUUGUGCCUACGUGUACAUCACACCAAAUGUGCAAUAUCACGGGAUGGUUGAUGAUACUAUGUGUUAUGACCUUACUAUCUACUUGAAAAAGCUGGCUUUAUGUGGAAAACUGGCAACAUAA